AUGUAUUUAUUUUCAUUCAUCUUUCUGUCAGUAUAUCUGCUUGUCUUAUCUCAUAUUUUAUACUUAUAUCUGUCAAAAUCAAUUCCUCCCACUCUCUAUUAUUCUGUUCAUAUCUAUGUUAGCUUAUUCCUAUCUAUCUCAUCUUUCUAUUCCUAUCUGUUCAUUUCAGUUUAUAUUCUAUGCCAGUCUAUUCCUAUCUGUUCAUUUCAGUUUAUAUUCUAUGCCAGUCUAUUCCUAUCUUUUUUUUUCAGCUUAUGUUCUAUGCCAGUUUAUUCCUAUCUGUUCAUUUCAGUUUAUAUUCUCUGUCAGUCUAUUCCUAUCUGUUCAUUUCAGUUUAUAUUCUAUGCCAGUCUAUUCCUAUUAUUUCAUUUCAGUUUAUAUUCUAUGCCAGUCUAUUCCUAUCUUUUAUUUCAGUUUAUGUUCUAUGCCAGUUUAUUCCUAUCUGUUCAUUUCAGUUUAUAUUCUCUGUCAGUCUAUUCCUAUCUGUUCAUUUCAGUUUAUAUUCUCUGUCAGUCUAUUCCUACCUGUUCUUUCAGUUUAUAUUCUCUGUUUCUAUUCCCAUCUGUUCAUUUCAGUUUAUGUUCUGUGCCAGUUUAUUCUAUCUGUCCAUUUCAGUUUAUAUUCUAUGCCAGUUUAUUUCCUAUCUGUUCAUUUCAGUUUAUAUUCUAUGCCAUCUAUUCCUAUCUUUUUUAUUUCAGUUUAUGUUCUAUGCCAGUUUAUUCCUAUCUGUUCAUUUCAGUUUAUAUUCUCUGUCAGUCUAUUCCUAUCUGUUCAUUUCAGUUUAUAUUCUAUGCCAGUCUAUUCCUAUCUUUUUUCUUUCAGUUUAUGUUCUAUGCCAGUUUAUUCCUAUCUGUUCAUUUCUGUUUAUAUUCUCUGUCAGUCUAUUCCUAUCUGUUCAUUUCAGUUUAUAUUCUAUGCCAGUCUAUUCCUUAUCUUUUUUUUUCAGUUUAUGUUCUAUGCCAGUUUAUUCCUAUCUGUUCAUUUCAGUUUAUAUUCUCUGUCAGUCUAUUCCUAUCUGUUCAUUUCAGUUUAUAUUCUAUGCCAGUCUAUUCCUAUCUUUUUAUUUCAGUUUAUGUUCUAUGCCAGUUUAUUCCUAUCUGUUCAUUUCAGUUUAUAUUCUCUGUCAGUCUAUUCCUAUCUGUUCAUUUCAGUUUAUAUUCUAUGCCAGUCUAUUCCUAUCUUUUUAUUUCAGUUUAUAUUCUCUGUCAGUCUAUUCCUAUCUGUUCAUUUCAGUUUAUGUUCUAUGCCAGUCUAUUCUUAUCUGUCCAUUUCAGUUUAUAUUCUAUGUCCCUAUCUGUUCAUUUCAGUUCCUAUUCCUAUCUUUUUUAUUUCAGUUUAUGUUCUAUGCCAGUUUAUUCCUAUCUGUUCAUUUCAGUUUAUAUUCUCUGUCAGUCUAUUCCUAUCUGUUCAUUUCAGUUUAUAUUCUAUGCCAGUCUAUUCCUAUCUUUUAUUUUCAGUUUAUAUUCUAUGCCAGUUUAUUCCAUUCUGUUCAUUUCAGUUUAUAUUCUCUGUCAGUCCUUCCUCUGUUCAUUUCAGUUUAUAUUCUAUGCCAGUCUAUUCCUAUCUUUUUAUUUCAGUUUAUGUUCUAUGCCAGUUUAUUCCUAUCUGUUCAUUUCAGUUUAUAUUCUCUGUCAGUCUAUUCCUAUCUGUUCAUUUCAGUUUAUAUUCUAUGCCAGUCUAUUCCUAUCUUUUAUUUCAGUUUAUGUUCUAUGUUUAUUCCUAUCUGUUCAUUUCAGUUUAUAUUCUCUGUCAGUCUAUUCCUAUCUGUUCAUUUCAGUUUUAUAUUCUAUUUCUAUUCCUAUCUUUUAUUUCAGUUUAUAUUCUCUGUCAGUCUAUUCCUAUCUGUUCAUUUCAGUUUAUGUUCUAUGCCAGUCUAUUCUUAUCUGUCCAUUUCAGUUUAUAUUCUAUGCCAGUCUAUUCCUAUCUGUUCAUUUCAGUUUAUAUUCUAUGCCAGUCUAUUCCUAUCUUUUUUAUUUCAGUUUAUGUUCUAUGCCAGUUUAUUCCUAUCUGUUCAUUUCAGUUUAUAUUUCUGUCAGUCUAUUCCCUUCUGUUCAUUUCAGUUUAUAUUCUAUGCCAGUCUAUUCCUAUCUGUUCAUUUCAGUUUAUGUUUAG